AUGCUGGCAGCAGUGCUGCUCCUCUUCUUGUGCUGCCUGAAUCCUGCUGCUGCUGGGAAGCUGCUGGUGAUGCCAAUGGAGGGCAGCCACUGGCUGAGUAUGAAGGAAGUGCUGGCUGAGCUGAGCAAGAGAGGGCAUGAGAUAGUUGUUAUUGCACCAGAGACCAAACUACUGAUAGAUUCUUCGAGUAUGUAUGAGUUGAAAACAUAUCCUGUGCCUUUCAAAGAGGGAGAGCUGCAACAACAUUUAUACUCAUUGAGCAUACAAGUUUUUAGCGAAGAACCUUUCCUGACCAGAUUUAUAAAUACUUGGAAUCAUUUCCAAAAGAGCUCUUCCAUGUUUCAUGGUUUCUGCAGUUCCUUACUGUACAACAAAGAGAUGAUGCAAUACAUUGAAGAAAGUAAAUUUGAUGCUGUCUUUACAGAUCCUAUGACACCCUGUGGACAAAUACUUGCUCUGCACUUUUCUCUCCCCACUGUUUUCUUCUUGCGGGGUAUCUCAUGCGCUAUAGACAUUCAUGCUGCUCAGAGUCCAGACCCACCAUCCUAUGUCCCACGGAUAUUCUCACGCAAUACAGAUCAUAUGACAUUCGCUGAGAGAGUGAAGAAUUUCCUGCUUGCUAUCUCAGAGUAUUUCACCUGCAGUAUGAUCUUCUCUCCAUUUGAAACGCUGGCCUCUGAGUUUCUCAGGAAGCCGAUGACAAUGACGCAGAUUUUAAGUCAUGGAUCUGUUUGGCUGAAGAGAACUGACUUUGUCUUUGACUAUCCCAUGCCGAUAAUGCCCAAUAUGAUUUUCAUUGGAGGCAUAAACUGUGCAAAGAAAAAGCCAUUAUCUCAGGUCAGUGGUUUCCUUGAUAUGAACAUUUGCAUGGAGAAUGUUGUUUGCAAAUGCUAUUGGUUUAUAUAA